AUGGUUAAUGAGUAUGACAAGCUUCAGGGGUUACAGCCAGAGGCAGCAGAUUGGCAUGCUAAAGUUAAUCUCUGUGAGGUAAAUAGCAACUUUUACAUGAAAUUUAGUUUGCUUCUGCAUCUGUAAUAUUUUUUAAUGCACUUUUAUUAAUUUUCAUGGAAUUCAAACAUUAAUCUUAUGCUUGUUUUCCUUUAGUUGGAAUUCUCUUCAUUUGUAAAAAACAGUUCUUCAGCUGAAUUUGGAACAAGCAAAGCAAGUAUCAAUAGGACAGGCAAGACAACAGCAGCAAAAGGAGUGCACAAUAACUACAAUGAGCAUAAAGAAUUUCACGAAAGAGAAGUUGAGGCACAUAUAUGUUGUUCUUUUACGCAGAUGAUUGGAAUGAGCAAAUUAGAUGGUAUGUAG